AAUGAACUAGUAUCCUUUGUCUUUCUCUCUUUCUUUGUUUUGUCCUCUCCAUCUCCUUCUUUUAGGUAUGAUGGGCGGUCAUUUAAAAUCAAAGAUUCUGUGGCUUAUCAAUAACCAGGGGACUCGAGGUUCAUUUUGGAUACACACACAUCUUUCUCUCUAGUCAACAAAAUAUAUAAAAUGCAGGCAUUUCGAUCACUCUUGCGACCAUUGACUGCUCCCAUCAAUCCUUUAAAGCCCUUCUUGUCUACAGCUACAGCAUUUAACCGGGGUAUAUUGGGUCAAUUAAAACCUGUCAGCAAUAUACAAAGUGCUCACAUGGCCACUCUCAACCAAGUCAUUCGUAAAUGUCGCAAGUCCAAGCCCAAGUUGAGCAAGACACCUGCCUUGGACAGCUGUUAUCAACGCAAAGGCGUGUGUAAUAAAGUCUAUACCACCAAACCUAAAAAGCCCAACUCAGCUCAACGUAAGGUCGCUCGUGUGAAGUUGACAAAUGGAAAGGUCGUUACUGCCUAUAUUCCUGGUGAAGGACAUAAUUUGCAAGAACACUCUGUCGUUCUCGUUCGUGGUGGUCGUGUACCAGAUCUUCCAGGUGUUCGUUACCAUCUUGUUCGUGGUGCUUUAGAUCUUCAAGGUGUUGCUACAAGAACAACAAGUAGAUCUAAAUACGGAACCAAAAAGCCAAGCAAGAACAACUAAUCUUUAUGUACUCUUUUAGAAAGAAUUCUGUAAAAAGAAACAAUCACAUUGUAUUCAGGCCAUGUGUAAAGUCAAUAAAUUGUAUACAAAUGCCAUUCACCAAAAAAAAAAAGAAUCAUGUAUACUUUUUGUCAUUGAUAGUAGCUUUAUGCUGGAAGAAUGUAGCUGAACCUCCCACUUGAAUUCAAUAAAAUCAGCUGGAGGGUAAAAAGGCAC